GUCUCCGUGGGCGUGCUCAGCUACUCGGUGGCCCAAGACGCAGAGGCGGCACUCCUGACACAACGCAUGAUGCACGAGCUGGCGAGCGCACCCCACGUUGUAGAGCCACAGCAGCCGGAGAGGCCAGAGCAGCAGGUUGAGCGGCCAGCAGAGCGGCCAACGGAGCGGCCAGAGCAGGUGGAGCGGCCAGCCGAGCGGGCAGUGGAGCAGCCAGUGGAGCGGCCAGAGCAGGUCGAGCGGCCUGCUGAGGAGCGGCCGGAGCAACAGCGUCCAGAGGUGCCAGAGCAGCUGGUGGGACCUGCAG